AUGGCCACCGUAGAAAGCUAUCGUAAUCUUCUGAACUUGCUAACCAUAAGCUCAAAAAUUGUUGGAACAGAAAUUUGGACAGCUCCCGGUAGAUUUCGGCCCGCAUCUUAUUAUCUGUCCUUCCACGUGAUAGUGUAUUUUGUGAGCACCAUUUAUACCUUGGCUAAAAGUUUCAAGUUUAAGAGCUUCACUGAUUUGAUUGAGGAAGAAUUAUUAAAGCCUUUUGAAAACGGAAAUGCCGAGGAGGUGGCGGUGCUGGAAAGAACGGGUCAAAUUCUUUGGGUGAUUGGUCGCCUGAUGUUUAUUUGUUUCGGCUGCUCAGGAAUAUUUUUUGGAAUGUACACAGUUUACGAAUAUUACGUCAAUGGUGCGCUGCUUCCACUAUUUCUUUAUGAACUGCCGUACUAUGAUUGGAGCACAAAGGGAGGCUAUCUAACCAACAAGUUGUUUCAAGUGCACCUGUACGCCAUUGGUGUGUUUGGGGCGUCAUUUACGGAGUUUUUGUUUAUUAUGUAUGCAUUAUACGCAUCGGCUUAUGUCGAUAUAUGCCUUGUGCAUCUUCGGGAGUUACGAUAUCUGCUGAAUGAUGUUGAAUUUGUAGAAAAUAAUAAUGGAUCUGUGAUACGUCAAAAGUGGAUGGAGUGUAUCCAUAAUCAUCAGCAAGCCUUAAGAUUUCUAGACAGUGUCGAGGAUUUGUUUAAGCUCAUAUUUUUGAGUCAGGUAUGGAAUGGCGUAAUUUCUUUAUGCGUUGGUGUGCUGUUAAUCUUGUUGACUGAUUGGUAUGCAGCAUACUUUUUCGUAUUGAUUAUCUUUUUGGAUUUUACCUCUUACUUCUUGAUUGGACACUACGUUGAACUGAAGGUAGAUGACAUGUACGACACCAUCAACUCUGUUCCAUGGUACAACCUCCCGAUUAGCAAACAGAAAGAGUUCAUUUUUCUUCUUAGUCGUCAGCAACGUCCUAUGAUAAUGACGGUGUAUGGAUUUGCACCGCUAAACUUUGCAACCUACACAUAUAUUCUUAGAGUAUUAUAUCAGUAUUCCGUUAUGGUUAUGCAAUAUGUUGUUUAA